AUGGCUGGAUGGUGGCGGGCACUGCCGCGCGCGGCCCAGCGCUACCCGUGGCCCACCAACGUCCUGCUCUACGCCGGGCUCUUCUCGGCCGGCGACGCGCUCCAGCAGCGGCUGCGGGGCGGCCCGGCAGACUGGCGCCAGACGCGGCGUGUGGCCACCCUGGCCGUGACCUUCCACGCCAACUUCAACUACGUGUGGCUGCGCGUGCUGGAGCGCGCGCUGCCCGGCCGUGCGCCGCGCGUGGUCCUGACCAAGGUGCUGUGCGACCAGCUGUUCGGAGGGCCCAUCGCCCUCUCGGCCUUCUAUGUCGGUAUGAGCAUUCUUCAGGAAAAGGAUGACGUACUUUUGGACCUGAAACAGAAAUUUUGGAACACGUAUAAGACAGGUCUGAUGUACUGGCCUUUUGUACAGCUGACCAACUUCGGCCUGGUUCCCGUCCACUGGAGGACAGCUUACACUGGACUCUGUGGUUUCCUCUGGGCCACCUUCCUCUGCUUUUCCCAGCAGAGUGGCGAUGGCACUUUGCAGUCGGCAUUCGCCUUCCUUCACAGAAAAGAGGCUGAUGUGGGAGGAAGGCGCCCAGGGAAGUGAGGAGGCAGGGCCCCCCUUAAUGGGACUACCUUUUGUCCCCAAAGUGCACUGAGUUCCCUGCAGAGAAAGCGUUUCAUUCAUCAGGUCUGAGCUCCAUUUUUGAAGAAUCGCACUUCUGUACACCCAAUUGCUUUUAAAUGAUCCAUGGUUCCUUUAAAUUUCAUCCAGAUCUUCUCCCCCAGUUCUACUCUGAAAAUCCUGCUUCUUUAAAGCUUUUGCUUUCCUGGUAUUUUGGCUAAAAUUGACUACAGUGGCAAAAGGGCAUUUUAGAAUUAUUAAUAUUUCUGUUCUAAUAUUUUAGUGCCUGUUGAGUUCAGAGACCCCGUGCUACUUGUUUAUAUCUCUAUUUUAAAAUCUCAGGUUGUCUUCUAAACACUUUUGGAUCAGAUUACCUUUUAUAUCAAAUAUAGUCCUGACAGUGCAUUUCUACUUACACAGAACUCAACCAAGGAGAAGACUGAAUACUCAGAUUUCCCCUCUGAAAUACUCUAUAAUAAUUAUUAUGCU